GCCUGGCACAGUGCAGCAGAAGGAGGGGGCAGAGGAGCCAGCAUGAGUUUCCUGCAGAGAUGGAGCCUCAGGGGCUCAGCCUGUGGUGGAGGGGCUGUGGUGGGAAGCAGCCCAGCACAGCCUUGAUCGCCCAGACACAGAGACACAUGAGCACCUGCAAGCACCCAAAAGGGUAACAGUGAGAUGAAUUUAGCCAGGAUGGAGACACCAGGCACAAAUACUGAAAAAAACCCCCUGAUUUUCUCAUGGGACAAACAAAAUGGGUUGGCAGAGAGGGAUUUGUAUCCUGCCCCACACCGAGGAGCUGCAAACAGCAGCUGUGGGGUGACUAAGGGGAGUAGAUGGAGGACUCAGGGUGAAACACCACAUCCACAGCAUGAAAAGCCAACAACACAGAUGUGGGAGAGACAGCAGUCCUUUAGAGGAAGAUGUGGGGCUGCUGGCAGCCCAGGCAUCACCAACACAGCUAUGCCAGAAAGAGAUGGGCUUGUUUGGCUCAGAUGGAGAGAGGCUCAUAGGGAUAUGCAGGGACCUUGGCAUGUGCCGUGUCUCCCUGGUGCACCCCUGGGCCCUGGCACAGCCUCCCACCACCACGAUGCCCAGCAGUGUCUGUCAUUUGCAGAGGUGGAGUGUGUCAUCUUCAACGAGAAGUACAUGAACUGCACGUGGGGAAGCAGAGAGACACUCAAGGCCAACUACUCCCUCUACUACUGGUACAGGAACACAUCCAACAAGGUGGAGUGCAAGCAUUACCUGCAGGACCAGGACAUCAGAGUCGGCUGCCACUUCAAACAGAACGAGAUCAUCCAGUUCCAGCCUUUCCACGUCCUUCUCAAAGGCAGCAUGGGCGGCAGCACCCUGGAGAUCAGCAAGCGCAUGGAGCUGCAGGACCUGGUGAAACCAGACGCGCCCGUCAACCUGACCAUCCACAACAUGAGCAACAACCAGCUGCAGCUGACCUGGGCCACCACAUACCCCAAAGCCAAGUGCCUGGAGCAUGCCGUGAAGUACAAGAGCAACAAGGACACCGACUGGAUGGAGAUCUCGGUGAAUGGAGAUGUCUUCUCCUUACCCAGCGUGGACUACAAGAAGUUCUACACCUUCUAUGUGCGCAGCAAGGUCAACAAAUACUGCGGCAGGACCCAGCUCUGGAGCGAGUGGAGCGUUCCCGUGGUCUGGGGCAGCAGCUCCACCAGCAAGGGCACAGUCCACUGGUUCUGGAUCCACACGGUCUUGAUCCCCAUUGCCUCCUGCCUGAUCUUGCUGGGCCUUGUCAUCCUGCUGGUGCGCAUGGAAAGGGUAUGGGUCAUCCUAAUGCCCCGAAUUCCCAAUCCCAGCAAGAAUUUCGAUGAGCUCUUCAUCACCCACAACGGCAACUUCCAGGAAUGGGCCGGAGUCCCCAAGGACGUUGUGGAGAGCUUCAAGCCCAACUACAGCGAGAACAUCUGCUAUGUGAGUGAGCUGCCACCCAAGGACAGCUACGAGCCCCUCUGGGAGAGCAGCAACCCCCCACCAUCUGUGAUGCCUUCAGCCUCACCUGCCCCCAGCGAGCACAGCCCCUACAAGAACAGCUACGGGAGAGUGUGACACACUCCUGCACCCCCCACGCUCCACAGCUUUGCUGCCAAAACCUCACUGCUCUGCAGGCCCUGCUCCCUGCUCCUGCCAUGCCUCCCCCAGCUGCUCCUGGCCACAGCUGCUUCCUGCCAUGGCCACACUCAGCCCCCCAUGACACAGGGGCUUCACUGCACUGCAGGUGCUGGGGGAGCACAGUGUGCUGGGUGCCCUGGGGGCUGCACUGGGGACACUGGUGGUGCACUGGUGCCCACAAGCACACCCAGGGACAUGUCCUGGCAAGCAGGCAGGGGCCACUGGCAAACUGAUGGGGACAUGGGGGAUGAGGAGUGCCAGGGAGACCAAGAGUGGAAAAAUAAUGGAAGACACCUGAAGAGGAUUGUAAACAUGUUCAAGUGACUUGCAGCUGGGUGUGGAAAAACAUAUAUACCAUACUCUUAGUUGUUUAACCUUGUGUGUUUGGCAAGUAGAACUUCUGUGUUUAGAUAACACAGGCCUGUAAUAGACUUAGUGGCACCUUAUUUAAGAUGCUUGAGAUUCCUGCCCUGCUAUGGGAAAGAUCAAAUCACAGUGGUAAGCCAGGACUGCACAAAUCCUUGAUAAACAGGCAAAAACAGCAGGUUCAGUGAUUCUCCAGCACAGGCCAAGCUCCACAGUAUCUGCAUCCCUGCUUGUCUGCCUCUGCCCAGGUGCUGCUUGGGGGAUCCUCCAGUCCUCGAGAUAAUGAAAAUAAAUUUCCUCUUUGCCUUUCA